CUGCCGCUUCCGCCGCCCCCGCCCCCUAGCGGAACGGCUCCGGCCGGGCGCAGAGGCCUCCCCGAGAGUUGCUGAGGCCUUCGCUGAGUCCCGAUCUGGACCCCGGACGCCGCAUAACGGCGCUGAGAGACCUCGGGGGCCCUCGGCCUCCCCUGAAGCCGAACCCGUCGGAGGCUGAAAAGCAGCAGGCGCUUCCUGCUCACGGCGGGACCCUCGCGAGCAGGCGGCUUCUGGCGGCCUUGCCUCGUCCCGUUUAGAAAACAGAGCGGCCCCUCUGCGGGGGCCGCCCUUCUUUGCCCUUCCUGCAGGGAAGGGAGGAACGGGGAGGGCAGGGCCUUCCGGCGCCCUGAGCUACGCAUCGCAGCUCUUGGAUCGACGGGACGCGGAGGUGCCGUCCGACAAACCUCCGAGCGGCGUCUAGGACGCUUUCCGGUGCCUACGGGGAGCGUGGAGGGUUAGGUUGCGUUCCCUUCGCGCAACGGAAAGAAGACGUCCAACUUAAUGGGUGCCCCCCCCCCCGGGCGCACAUUGCAACAGGUGGAAUGAAAAGUGGCACCGCCACUUCAUGGGGUUUUUUAAGCAGAGGAAUCGCCACGGGAAGAUGCGGUGUCCGAAGCCCAGUGGGAGUAGUGAACGUUCGACACGGUAGGUAUUAUCCUCCGUAUCCAAAGGCAGGCUUGAUCUGCUGCGAACAAGGGGCCGGAAGACCGCGAGUACUAGAGAGGCCCCGUGAGCCAAAGUCUCUCGGGUUCCUGGAAGACCGAAGCUGCUGUUCGUUCAUUGUUAUAUCCAGCUGUUUUUCCGAGAGCCCAGGGAGGCCGGUGUGGAAAGGUCUCCCUUCAUUUCAUCCCAGAACAACAGUCCUGUGAAGUAGCUGGGUCUGAGAGCGCGGGGACCAAAUACUCGGAGGAGCUUCAGGGUCGAAGGUGCCUGAGUGCGUUGCUCCCCUCCUCCGAAGACGGUGACUCAAAGCAAGUGCCUGAAAUGUUCAUUUCUCGUUUGCAGCUUAUUGAUUUUCAGUGGAAGCUGGGAAUUGCCAUUAGUGCCGACAGUUGUAAAUCCUUGAAGUCGCCUUGCGUUACGGUGGCGUUAAAAGUUGCCGAUGGUUCGGGGAGCGUCACGUGCAAAACGUUCGAAAUGACGGUCCCUCAGUUUCAGAACUUCUACAGCCAAUUCAAGGAGAUGGCAAGUGUUCUUGAGACGUUUUGAACAGCGGAUAGGCCUUUCCUUGCACCUCACCUCCUAAAGCAUUAUUGUUACAGAAACAGAUGCAAGUUUAUCAUUGCCUUCUUGUCAGUUUCCAGUAUGACUUUAUCCAUCCAAAGAGCUGCAAACUCUCUUGUAUGGACUGAAGUUCUACACGUGAAGCAAAGGGCCUCCAGUCUCACCACAGAAUUAAGGUGGAACGUAUCUCGGCCACCCAGAAGGCCACGGAGAUAGGCUGCCCAGGAGAAAUAAACCCAAUUGUGUCCGUCAAAUGUAGGCAUUCAGUUAAGGCUUUAGUGCUCUCUCUUUGCAUCUAUAACUAACUGUAUCGGAAAAGCAGCAUCGUGCAUGACUCAGAAUGGAAAAUCCUAUGGAUUCUGGAAGGCAACAUUCCAUUAUUUUCUGUUAAAAAAAAAAUUAAGCUGUUUAAUAAAAGGAUGGAAAGCGGGGCUGCUCUUUA